AGGCUCAAGACCCUGCGGUGGAGCUGUGUCCUCGGUUCCGCCGGAGCUUCCCCGUCGGCGCCAUGUCGUUCUGCAGCUUCUUCGGGGGCGAGGUUUUCCAGAACCACUUUGAGCCAGGUGUCUACGUGUGUGCCAAGUGUGGCUAUGAGCUCUUCUCCAGCCACUCAAAGUACGCGCACUCGUCCCCAUGGCCGGCCUUCACCGAGACCAUCCACGCUGACAGUGUGGCCAAGCGUCCAGAGCACAAUCGGCCUGGAGCCUUAAAGGUGUCCUGUGGCAGAUGUGGCAACGGACUGGGCCAUGAGUUCCUGAACGAUGGCCCCAAGCGGGGACAGUCCCGCUUCUGAAUAUUCAGCAGUUCCCUGAAGUUCAUCCCUAAAGGCCAAGAAUCAUCUCCCUCCCAGGGACAGUAGGCGGGCAGCCCACGCCCUUCCCACGUGAACACUGCUUGGUGGCCAUGCUCUGGCCGGCCCAUCAUAGAAGUGGAACCCCAGCCAUUCAGACUGAAAUGUCAGGCAGGCUUCCGAGGCCUUGGCUCUGAACAGGCUCCUUGGGAGAAGGAGAAGGCCCAUCCUCGGCUGCCAGGGCGGGCCCCGUGGGCCUGGCUGUCGGCUGGCACCAGGGUCUCAGGGAGUGGGAGCCAGGCCUGGCUCGUCACCCCCACCUUCUCAGCCCAUGGCCCCUCCAUGCCUUGUCUGGACUUCACCCCGGCGGGGCCCAGUUCUCAGAUGGGCCCUGGCCUCAGCAAAGCUCUCACCCACCCCCCGCAGGCUGUGCUGGGACAGAAGGUGAGCAGAGGCGGCCCAGCCGGCUGCUCCAGGGUCACUGUAUGAUACACUCUGGCUAAACCCUUGCAGGCGGCCAGAGGGGUGAUGGUCUGUGACUCCCGAGGGGAGCAGGCGGAGGGGGCGGGUCUCUGGGCUCUGAGUUACGAAAGAGAAAUCCCGGACCUUCUGGCACAGUCUGUAUGGGUGCUGCUCUCCCAGCUCAGGCUUAGGAAAGCAGCUCUUGCUCCACCAGCCUGAUCGGGCGCGGCCAGGGCCCGGAGCUCCCAGCCUCAGCUCGCGCCUUCUGAGGAGAAGGUGCCCGUGCCUUACUGCGCAUGCUCUGAGGCUCGUGCUGGCGGGGAGGGUGGGUGAAGCCCCUCCUGCCUGAAUGCCCUGUAAUCGGGAGGCGAUCAAUACACAAAUGGAACCC